GUCAGUGUUUAAAGGUUGUCUUUGGGUGUAGGAAGCUGUACGCAAACAGUCUCUGCACGCUCUCCGUAUUUGAAACUUCGCUCUAUCAGACAACCAAUGUGAUGUAGAGAAGAAAAAAGCAAUAAAAUUCUACAUUAAUGACAAUCAGAUUUCGUUUUAGUUUGAACUAACCGAGUUAUAUAUUUGAUAGUGUAGGAAUAUGAAAAAUAACGAUGAAACUAUAUUGGAAAUACUCCAGGGUCACAAAACAAGCAAGUGGCCCUCGCCGAAAAGUGUAAAAAUUUUCAUUGGCAGCACGAAAGAUGACUUUGUCGAAGAACGUAGAGUACUCUUGGAAUACGUUGGACCUGAAUUGCAAAACUACUUGGAACAAUAUGAGAUAGAGGUAGAACUAGUUGAUAUGCACUACAGGGCAGAUGAAAAAGAGCAGUACGAUCCCUUCUUAUUCGAGGAUCACUUGAACGAAAUCAGAUCUUGCCAUAAAACAUCUAGAGGAUAUUUUUUUAUGACUUUGAUAGGUGAUCGCUACGGACCUUUUCUACCCCCUUUAACGAUAGAUAACGACACAUUCUCGUCCAUAUUGCGUAAAGCUGAGGAAUUGGAUGUGGAAAUUGAGCCAUUCAAGAAAUGGUAUCAACCAGAUAAUGGCGUAUACUCUCUGAAGGACUUCAGAGAAUGCGAAGACUGGAAAGCCAUAUCUAUCAAUAUUUUCAAUUCAUUUUUCCACUGUAUAUCGAAUUUGGAAGAUGGCAGGAAAAAGAAAUAUUCCGAAUACUUGAAAUCUAACUUGGAAAGGCAAUUUAACUACGCUAUAGGAAUUGCGCCUGGUACGGCUCACAAUGUUCUCAACAUUAUAAGAUAUUGGGAUAACAAAAACGAUAACAUCGAAUCAGUUUACGAAAAAAUUCCAUCAGAAUAUUAUGUAAAGAAAUUAGACGAGUUUUGUAAUAGGACAACUUCCCUCAUUCCAGAAGAAAAUAACUUUAGUUUCACAGUGCCUUGGAAGCUUGGUGGACUGAGCCAAGAUGCUGAAGAACACAAACCCUACCUAUCAAAAUUCAAGAGCCAGAUAUUGAAUCAUUUAAAACAAGUUAUUAGUCAUAAUUUGGAGGAACAUCCAGAACUGAAAUCCAGAAAAAAAAUUGUACAGGAAAACUUCGAGGAAAAUAUAACGCACCUCACAUUAUGCUACGGUGAUAUAAAAAAAAAUUUCAUGGACACCGAUGAGCUGAACAGAAUAAGGCAUUUGAUCGUCUCCUCCAAUUCACGCCUUUCUCCAAUCCUGAUAUUCGGAAAUCAGGGUGCCGGCAAAACAUCCCUCCUUCAAACUAUUUUCCAAGAAAUAGAUAAUUGGUUAUCGUGCAGAAUUUUCAAGAUAGUUAGAUUUGCGUCAACGACGCCGCAAAGUUCCUAUAAUUUGGAGCUGCUACGUCUUUUGUGUCAACAAAUCUGCAUAGCCCUCAAAUUGCCUGAAGGUUUUUUACCUAAGGACGCAUCUUUUGAUCCCCUCUAUGUCAAUAAAUGGUUUCAAAGUUUGCUCCAUAACUUCGACGAAUCUGAUCAAGCUCUCGCAAUUUUCAUCGAUGAUAUUCACAUGCUGAAUCUUCUCGACUUUAACAUCGUCUCAGGACUCAGCUGGUUACCCAUGAUAUUACCGAAGAAGGUUUACAUUUUCUGUACGACCGGAUUGAAAAUUGAUGAUCUCAAACUGAAUCCCCAGCAGAAAGAAAAAAUUAGAAACGCUGAAUCAUACUUUGAACUUCCCACAGCUCCUCCUCUUACUGAUUUAGUACUGCAAAAAUUAUGUGAUCUAGAAAAAGCCUUCCCGCAAGCAGCAAUAAAGAGACUAUUUUUACUUCUAUCUUGUACUCAAUAUGGAUUGACUGAACUAGAAUUAUUGGAAAUUCUUAUGCCUACAAGCAAUAAUGAUGUAAUUAAUCCUGAAUGUGCUGAAUUCAAUUUUUCAACAUUAUCUUCAGCAUUGCAAAAACUUGGUUAUCUCAUCAGGCAGAAAAUAAUAAGAGGAAAAUUACUGAUAGAUUGGCGACAUAAUGUGAUAAAGGAAAUUGUAAUGAAGCAUUACCAGCUUUCUCAGGAUAAUCUGAAAAGCACACACGCCGAACUGGCAGAUUUUUAUUUCGACGAGUUUUGCGACAAAGACGACGAAUCUGAAGAAGGUGACGCACCAGCACCGCUAUUAUCCGAAAUGCGAGAGACUCCAUUCAAAUCGACUUUAUACAGUGACGUUAUAUACAGUCGGAGACAUAUAGAAGAGUUCUGGGUACAUUUACUGAAGGCUGGUGAUGUGGUUAAACUGAAGACACUCUGUAUGUGUAACUACGAUUUCCUUCUAGCUGCUCUGCAAACGUUCUCCGUCAGUUAUGUGAAAUGCAUCCUCAAACAUGUGAGAUGCUAUUUACUGGAUAGGGAAAUAGAGCUUGUUUAUUAUUCCAUCAAGAUGUCGACGGAUAUUCUAACAAGAGACACAUACCAGUUAGGUACUCAGUUAAUAGCUUGGUUGAGACCCGUCAAUGAAAAAGACGGGACAAUAAUAAGUACCUUGGUAACCUCAGCAAUGGCAUGGUGUGAUGGAUUCACUCUUCCAUUGGUCGUGCCGAUGACUGAUUGGUUACAACCUCCAUUACCAGAACAAUCAAAAGUAAUGCAUAUAAAAAACGUGCACUUAUUAGAAUGUACGCCUUCAGGUCAACACAUUGUAUGCGUGACGGAUGGCGAUCCCCAACUAUGGCAUAUAAUGACCUGUCAAUUAAUACAUACCUUCAAAGGUCACAAGGGGGCUAUUAAUUGCAUGGCAGUAUCCAAACAGUCGCAAUACUUGUUAACAGGAUCUGAAGAUUUGACCAUUAUAGUUUGGGAUUUGAAAUCAUUGACGCUCAAACUGAAAAUCGUAGAACACAUAGCACCAGUGCUGUGUAUUACAAGUGCUCUAUCUAACUCCAUCAUCGUGAGUGGUGGAGAGGAUAGCAGUAUAAUAAUAAGUUCAAUGAGUAACGGAAAAGUUAUAAUGAAGAUAGAUCAUCACAGAGGUCCUGUUAAAUCGGUGAAGACCACCUCCACAGGUGACGUAUUACUAUCGGCAAGUGAAGACUUCAAAGUAUGCCUCUGGUCAUUGGAAACGUUCUCUUUACUCAACACGAUCACCUUCAGUUAUCCGAUUAAAACAAUUGAUGUAUCAGCAGAUUCUGUAUUUCUGUUGGCUCUUUGUAAGGAUAAUAACUUGUACUUGAGAACCUCGGCUACUGGGACAAAAUUACAUACGCUGUCCGAGCACAAGUCAAAGGUAACAUCAAUAUGUCUGACACAAGACAAUAGCAGAGCUAUAGUAGGUUGCGCUGACAGUAAGGUUUACAUUUACAAUGUGCACAGUGGAAAAGUUGAAAAAACAAUAUCCGACUCGAAUGGCGAAGUUACAGCGGUUCGGCUGACAGAAAAAGACGACUUCCUUUUGAAAGGAGGUGGUAAUAGAGUGGUUGUCUAUCCAUUCAGAGGAAUUGAUAACGAAACCACAAAACAUUUCUUCAAACCCAAGAAGAAGAGCCAAAACCUUCAGAUCCAUACAGGUUUUUUAACUUGCAUUGAUAUUUCUCGAGAUGGUAUCCUAGCUGCCAGCGGUGGUACCGACAAUUUGGUCAAUAUAUGGCAACUAAACAAUCAAGAGUUGAUGUUCUCUUUAGUCGGGCAUAAAGGAACAGUAACGGCAAUCAAUUUUUCCGCAAAUGGCACAUUUGUCUGCUCAGGGUCUGAAGACAAAACUAUCAAGGUUUGGUCUUUAUCAGCUGGCAACUUAUUGAGCACAUUUUGUGGCCAUCAGUUUACGAUUUCCUGCAUUUAUGUUUUCAUGGAUUCAACCAGGGUUAUCUCUAGCGAUAAAAAUGACAAUAUUUUCGUAUGGAACGCUGAUAAUGGUAGUAUUUUAAAUUCAUACCAAGGACCCAACAAGUGUAUCAAAGUUACAAAUACCAUGAAGUACAACGUUGCCUCAAAUGGAGACACAACACUCAAAAUUUGGGCAACUAGCGGUGAUGAAAAAUACGUGGUCAGUCAUUCCAAAGAAAUAACAUGUUUCGUGUUAACCAUGGAUUCUCAGUUCAUUAUAACAGGAUCAAAGGAUAUGUCACUAAAAGUUUGGCAAGUUUCUGGAGGGAAACUAUCACAAGUUCUUAUGGGCCACACAGCGGCUGUUACUUGCGUAGCAGUUUCGGUGGCAGACAAAACGCAAAUAAUUUCUGGCUCAUUCGAUAACAAUCUCAUAGUAUGGGACAUAAAUACUGGAGCAGAUCUUCACACCUUAUCAGCUCAUUUGAGUUACAUCACAUGUGUUAAGCUAUCUGGUGAUGGCACUUUGGCGAUUUCAGGUUCGGACGACAGGAGUAUCAUUAUAUGGGAUGCAAAGAAAGGAUUGCAACUUACAUCUUUACAGCUACAUUUCCCAGUUGUUUGUUUGGAGCCUACCAUGGAUUUUUCUAGGAUUGCAGUUCUUCUCAAAGACACGAAAUACAUGCCAAUAAUGUGUUUACAUAACACACCAGCAAAAUUCGUUAAGCUUCCUACCUAUGCAUCGAAUGAGAAGAAUGUUAUAGACAAUACGAAACCUUCAGCUAAACGUCAAAUGAAACGAUUACUGAAAAAGGAAGUUUCACUUGAUACCUAUACUUGGCAGAAAAAAUAUGCCCAUCUAACUUCGAAUUUGGUAAUUCCUGCUGUUGAUGAAAAAUUCAAAAGACGCUUUUCGAUUUCUGCCAGCAUGGAGGAGAUAUCUAAACUGCCACAAAAUCAAGAUUCUACUAAGGGUGUCCUCACUAAACAAGCUUCGUUGGCUCAAUCGCAGCACUUCGAUCAACUUGAAGCACUAUGGAACGAGACAUCUCCGCCUAGACGACGUCUACAGCAGAGCCUAUCGAAGCAGUCAUCACUGGCAGAAUCAUAUAAUUCUUCAGAAGAAGACCAUCUCGAUAACCUGUAAGCAAUCGUAUUUCCAAUGUAGCGUACCAGUGUCAGAAGAAAAACCUUGGACCAUCAUAGUUUUAGGUAUUAUUGAUUCUGAUUCCCGACUGUUCCUCAAUUGUGCAAUGCCACAACAGUAAUUCUUAUCUUGAAGAAUAUACCUACCUGAAUGUAGAUCCUAAAUUCUAUUUUCUUUACUCGCUAUAGAUAUUCAGAAGGGCAGUUUUGUUCGUAGAUUGAUGUAUGUACCUUAACAUUGUAACAUCGUUCCUAUUAGGUACGGCGUGUUCAUUAUCCUGAGAUAUUAUUUUUAGAAGUCCUGUUCUUUAUGAAUCUCCAAUGAAUUGAUGUCAAAGAAUUGUUAGUAUGUACUUCUUUGAUGGAACAACGAAGGCUGUCGCUUUUCUUCCUAAAUCACUACUGAUAGAAACAUUUCCUGAUAGAAUUCGAAUUAACAAUAUGAAAGUUCGCUUGUAUCCACAUGCAUCUUGAACAAUAGUGAUAAAAUCUUAUGAAUUAUUAUAAAUUUCGUUGCUAGUCGUAGAGUGAAUACCAAAUAUUGUGAAACCUCUGAAUUCACAUCACAAUGUUCUGUUAUGUGUCGGCAAGUUUUCGUAAUAAUUCAUGUUUAGUUGUAUUAGUUAUCAAUCUUUUAGAAAAGUAAAUAAAGAAGUGCUGAAAUAA